AUGAUUAGUUCUAAUAGCCAAGAAUUGCGAAUUGGAAUAUACGUCCACAGGUUGCAUGUUGCGAGGCCUAGUGGCCGGCCUAAACGACAGGGCCAGACAUGCUGCAUUGCCGAAUGCUAUUUUUGGACUAUUGCUGCCACAGGAGAGUUUGUGAUUGGGAAGAAAAAAAAUAUGUGGGCUAAGAGGUUCGAACUCUUGCAUCUUUCGAUAUCACGGCCUAAACGUGACGCCUUAACCACUCGGCCAAACCCACAAAACAAUGGAGAUUUAGGUGCUUUGACAGACAUACCGUGCUUUAGUGGUUGGAUAACACCGGCAUUUGCUUGA